ACAACCAUGGCCCCCCGUUCUUACUCCAAGACCUACAAGGUCCCCCGUAGACCUUUCGAGUCCGCUCGUCUGUUAGUAUCGUCCAAUGGCCACUGAGCUAGAGCUUGCUCUGUUCAUGUCAAUGGAAUCCGUGGUUAACACCCUGGAAUAGGGACUCUGAGUUGAAGAGUGUCGGCGAGUACGGUCUCCGUAACAAGCGUGAGAUCUGGCGCGUCCAGCUCACUCUGUCCAAGAUCCGUCGUGCUGCUCGGUACGUCUGAAUCUCCUUUGCUCUGUUUUGCUGAUUCUGCGCGCGACAAGAGAAAUCUUCACGCCUCUGCAAACGUUGCGCAACUACCAUCACACGACCACUCACUAACACCCCGAUGCAGUCAGCUCCUGACCAUGGACGAGAAGGACCCCAAGCGUCUCUUCGAAGGAAACGCCCUCAUUCGCCGUCUGGUCCGUGUCGGUGUUCUUGACGAGUCCCGCAUGAAGCUCGAUUACGUCUUGGCCUUGAAGGUCGAGGAUUUCCUUGAGCGUCGUCUCCAGACCUGCGUCUACAAGCUCGGCCUCGCCAAGUCUAUCCACCACGCUCGUGUCCUCAUCCGCCAGCGUCACAUCCGUGUCGGCAAGCAGAUCGUCAACGUCCCUUCGUUCGUCGUUCGUCUUGACGCCCAGAAGCACAUUGACUUCGCCCUGACCUCGCCCUUCGGUGGCGGUCGUCCCGGUCGUGUCCGCAGAAAGAAGGCCAAGGCCGCCGAGUCCAAGGAGGCUGGUGGUGACGAGGAGGAGGAGGAGGAGUAAAUCUAUCGCUCCGCCUCGGCGUUCUGAAUGGCUGUUCGGUACAGGUCACGGGUAUCCGGGUGUCGUGCCAGCUCAUGACAGCGCCCUUCAAAAAGCUCAAUCUCAAUUUGACGAGUCUCUUCUGCAAAAAAUACCCUUAUUCAAUGCGCACAGUAUUACGACCUUUAUGUUACUCUUGUGAAACCUUAUCCAG